AUGGAAAAUCUGGUGGCAAUUAAGCCACGGGAGGACAAGGAGCUGGACCACCGCCAUCUCCGCCACCAUGGUUGUCGUCGUCUUUCUAAUGGAAUUAGAACGGUUGAGGAUCUUCCUCCUCCUAGAGGAGGAGUUAGAGCAAUAAUCCCUCGUCUGAAUCGACCCACCUGGAAGCAUCUUAGUAGCAACGUGAUCAAGAGGAGGCAAUGUGGAGUGGCGGAGAUCUCAUGGCGAAACAAGCAAUCCCCGGAAACCGAACACGAACCCGAAGAUCCCUCCCUCGCCGGCAGGGUUUCCGCCGCAAAAGCCAGAGCAUACCAACUUUCUGACAUCAUCGACGCCACUGACGGAUUCAACCCACUCCGAAUCAUCGGCCAGGGAAGCUCCAAGACCGUCUACACUGCCGUCUUCCCCGACGACGAAGAUCACCUCUUCACCGUCUGUCUUCAGCCAGGGGAAUCGAGUACUUACACAAUCAGAUGGCGCCGAGAACGAUCCACGACUGCGUGA